GGGGGUGGUCACCCGGACUCUGUUGUGGAGGAAGCGAUGUGGCGCGACCGCGGUGGGGGGACGUUGAGACGACGCGGUUUGACGCGGCAACGAUGAAGAGGAGAGCUGCCGGCCAGUGCGCUAGUGGAGCGUAGCUGGCGCGCAGGCCAUGUGCACCUCGUCAUGCUCCGCCGUGUCAAGCGUAGGGCGCCAUCGCCACCUUCCCCGAGCCGGGCCAACCCUGCCGCGGCCGUCGCCACGCACGUCGCCACCUCGGCCGCCAUCUCCGAUCCCGCGCCCCGCCCUCUGGUGCCAACCUCCUCCUCGUCAUCCUCCUCGUCGUCGUCCUCCUGCUCCUCACCGUCGUUGUCGUCAUCGUCGUCGUCCGGCGAGGCCCGGCCCACGGGUUGCCGGACGCGCAAACUCGGCGUCUACUCACGCUCGUCCACGCCGCGCGACUCGCUCGAGAACGGCGUGACGCCGACGUCAACUGCGCCGUCGGCGCCGCGGCGCGGCGGCGGUGUUGACGCCGCUGAUCAGAGAGACUCGGGCGUGUUCUGCCGCUCCGAGCUAGACCGCGGCGGUGGCAACGGCGGCAACGUUGGUGGCAGCGGUGGCUCCCGCCGAUCGUCAUUCGAGCCGGCCAAUCCGGCGUCGUCGUCGUGGCUGUGGGGCAACGGCAGCGUCCGCGGGGACGGCGUCGCGGGCGGCGCCCUCGUGGACGGUCCCCGGGCCGUCGGCGCCCCGCGACGGCCCGGCUCGGCGACGGACGCCGAGGCGAGGCCGCCGCUGGCGUCGCAGCGGGGCGUGUCCCACGGAGCGAGCGACGACCUCGGGGCAUCGCUCGUCUUGCAGUCUGGCGAGAGCCAGGUGUGGCGGCUGCACAUGGUGAAGGGCCGCGAGGGGCUGGGCGUGCAGGUGAAGGGCGGCCACAGCUCACGCAGCGGAGGCCCCCACGGCCUCCUCGUCACGCACAUCGACAAGGGCGGCGCCGCCGAGAGGGACGGCCGCCUGCUCCCCGGCGACGAGCUGCUCAUGAUCAACGGGCGGCCGCUCGUGGGCCUCUCGCACCACGAGGCGGUGGCACUGCUGCGCUCCUCCUCGGGCACCGUGCAGCUCGUGGUGGCGCGCGAGUCCGGGACGGACGCCGCGAUGCGGCCGGCCGCGAUUCCGGAGGCGCCGCAGAACGACGUUUGCACCGCCGCAGCAACCGGCGCCGCAACCGGCACGACCCCAACUGCCGCCCCCGCCCGCCACGACUCGCGCGGCCGCCAACACCACCACCAUCACCACCACCGCCACAACAGUCAGCGGAACCACAACCACCACAGCAACCACAGCCACCACCGGCAGCACGAUCGCGGCGACGGCGAGGGCGCGAGCCCGGCGCACGACGCGGCGAGCGGCGCCGACGGCGCGGCGCGCGGAAGCGAGAAACGCCGCAAGGGUGACCACAAGCGGCGGAGGGCGCACAGGAAGGAGGCCCCCGCCGGCGCUCGGGACGAUCGGCACGCCGACGCCGAGGCGGCGGAUGGGGAGAGCCUCCCGGCGGCCGGUCGGACCGGCGCCGAGGCGGCGAACGGGGGCGGCGGAGCGGCGAGCGGAGCGGAGGACGGGCAGAGGGAGCACGAGGCGCUGCGCGGAGCCCAGCGGCGGAGCGCGAGGGGCGCGGUGGUGGUGGCGGAGGAGGAGCCGCAGCAGGGAAAGGGCGAUCCCGUCGCCACGAGGACUCCCGUGUCGCGCUCCUUCUCCGAGCAAGCGACGCGUGUCCACGAGCCGGGCCCCGGCCGCCCGCCGUGUCCUUCGACCUCCCAGCGGCCGCCCCGUGGCCCCGUGCCCGCGAGCCCCGCGGCCGCCCCGCUGCCGUCGCCGGGCUCGCUUCCCCGCGGGGGAAACGAGGAGAGCCGCAGUCCCUCGACGGCGGAGACGCAGGCCGGCAGGGGGGCGGCCGACGGCGCCAGACCCGCGAGCGAGGGCGGGAAGGAGACGGGCGCUGGGGAGGGGCAAGCAAUGGUGGUGGCACGCUCUCUCUCAAAACCUCGCAGCAAAUCCACAGGUGGCCGGGGUCGCCUCGAGUCGGUGGGCGAGGAUGACGAACUCCGCGUGGCCGAGGGCGGCGUCUUCUCGGCGCCGGCGUUGCCAGCGCCGGCGACCGAGGCGACGGGGGCAGCAGAGGGCAGCCCCGAGCGCCAGGGCCAUGGCAGCCGCAAGCACUCGCUCCCGCAGCAGCUGGACAUCAGCGCCGUGUGCCAGGACUUCACGGUGAUCAAGAAGUCGUCGCGCUCGCUCAGCACGGUGCAGGUGGAGUCGCCCUGGAGGCUCUCGCAGCCGUCCAUCAUCUCCAACAUUGUGCUCAUGAAGGGCCACGGCCGGGGCCUGGGGUUCAGCAUCGUGGGAGGACAGGACUCGGCGAGGGGACGCAUGGGGAUCUUCGUGAAGACGAUCUUCCCUAGCGGCGCCGCCGCCGCCGACGGACGCCUCAAGGAAGGCGAUGAGCUCUUGGAAGUGAAUGGGGAGUCGCUGCAGGGCCUGACUCACCAGCAGGCCAUACAGAAGUUCAAGCAGCUGAAGAAGGGCGUCGUGACGCUUACCGUGCGCACGCGUCUGCGUAGCCCGAGCCUCACGCCUUGCCCCACACCGACGCGGCUCAGCCGCUCCAGCACCCCCAACUCCAACUCAAACGCCAGUGGCGGGGGCACCCCGGUGCCGGACUCCGAGGAUGGGGGGCCCAGCAGCUCCGGGGCGGGGCCCGGCGCGGGGCCCGACGUCGCCGCGGCGACGAGGAGGGGACCCGGGCCCAAGGACCGCGUCGUCAUGGAGGUGGCCCUGCGCAAGGAGGCCGGCGUGGGACUUGGCGUCGUGGCGUGCUUCGUGGCACUGGAGAAUUCCGCGCCGGGGAUUUACAUCCACAGCCUCGCGCCGGGCUCCGUCGCCAAGAUGGACGGGAGGCUCAGCCGGGGAGACCAGCUGCUCGAGGUGGACUCGGUGAGCCUCCGGCACGCGGCGCUCAGCGAGGCCUACGCGGCCCUCAGCGAGUGCGGCCCCGGUCCCGUGAGCCUCAUCAUCAGCCGCCACCCGGACCCCAAGGUCUCGGAGCAGGAGAUGGACGAGGCGAUCGCGAGGCCGAACCCACGCAGCGCCACGAGCAAAGAUUCCUCGCCGGCCCCUGGCGGCAUCACCGCCGCACUGCCCCCCAAGAGCCCGGCACCCUCCCCGGGCCCCUCCCCGUCCACGCGACCCCGCCAGGUCGAGAACGCGACCUCCGCACUCAGCUGGACGAUGCGACGCUUCCUCGAGCCCAUGAGUCGGCAAGGAUCCGUGAGCUCGGAGGCCGAGCUCUCCCAGUAUUUCCCGGCCGAGGCGCCCGCGCAUCCGGCCGCCCUGGACAGACCGGACAUCGCUGGCACUCCUCCUCCCCCUCCGGCUCAUCCUCCGGCUCCGGCUCCUCCUGCUGCUCCCCAUCCUCACGUCGGCUCCGGCGCUCACGGCAACGCGGGGCACGGCUCGCCCGUCCCGCCGUCCACGCGGGGAGCGGCGCCGCCACCCUCGACGCCGCCGCCGCCGCCGCCGGCACCGUCGGCGUCGUCGCACGCCAGGAAACCGUGGGUGUGCGAGGGGAAGCGGCGGGACGCGGGGGAGCGCCGGGAGGGGCUGGCGGGGAGCGUGGGAGCGCUCGCGCCGCGCCAGUCGCUCGCCAGCCUCACAGUUGUCGCCCGCACGCUCGACAAAGCCUCGUGCACACAGCACGUGCGCACGUUGGACUCCCUUCGCCCACCGCACGUAGGCCAGCCGCGCUACGUGCGGUUGGCGAAAGAAGCGCAAAGAACACCCAACGCAACGCGUGCCGUCAAUGGCACUGCGCUGGAGAGGGAUGGAUGGGACUGUUCCCGGCCACUAGAAGCGUCACGGCAAACGGCGGAAACGGCUGAACGCACGGAACGUAAAACGACGAGCGCCAACGUUAACCUGCGCGGCCGCUGCGGGCAUCACCCGGAGCGCAGGGGACACGCCGGCCGGGACACGAAGUUGGAGAGGCAUUCGGGUCGCGACGCCCGGCACGAGAGACGUCCGCAGCCCGCCUCCACUCGGGCAGAGGAGGCGACGCUGCAACAGCGGCGGCAGCAGCAGCAGCAGCAGCAACAACGGCUGCAGCAGCAGCUGCAGCAGCAGCUACAGCAGCAGUUGCACAGGCCCCAGCCGCCGUCAAAACAAGACGCCCGCACCGCCAGGGGCCCCACGGACGCCAGCAACAACUCUUUGACGGUGCGUGAGGCCUCGCCGGAGCCGGCGAGGAGUUCGCCUCCGUCUGAGGGAACGCCGAGCGCCGCCGCCGGCACCGCCGCCGCCGCCGCCGCGGCACCGCCGCCGCCACUCGUCCGCAACCGGCAGGUGGAGGCGGCGAAGCAGGCGGCGCCGGACAGCCCUCAGGCGUCGCGCAGCCCCCUGCUCCGGCAGCGGCGCGUCCUGCGCCACGAGGACGACGGCCUGAGCGACGAGGAAGGCGGCGGCGGGCGACCGGCGCGGGAGGGACGGGGCCCGGCGGGGAGGGGCGGCAGCUUCCGCACGUGCCAGGCGGCCCGGCGAGGAAGGGCCGCCGAUCGCCCCGUGACCGACGCGGCCGCCGACGGCCCUUCGCGAGCACCGUCUCCGUCGUCUUCCGCCCUCUCCGCGGCGGUGGCCGUGUUCUCGUCGUCGUCCUCGUCGCAAUCGUCGGCGGUCAAGCGGGAGCUGGCCAACUCGGGCAUCGUCAUCGCCACCUCGUCGGUGGAGGUGGACGACGAGAGCCAGGACAGCGACUUCUUCUGCUACGGCGGCAACGCUCGUGCCGCCAGCAGCGACGUGCCCAGCUCGCAGCACGGCAGCUCGCUCGAGUCGGAGGACGGGCUCGGCGCGGGCAGGGAGCGCGGCGGCGACUCGCCGCUCGUGCUCAUCCGUGGCACCAUCGCCACCACGUACUUUGACUACGCGGGGGGCGCUACGGAUACCUGCGGCGAAGGCGGCGGGGGUAGUGGGUUGACCGUGGGCCGACACGCGGACCCGCGGAGCGACGGAGAGGUGAGUUGCGCCGCCGGCGGACAAAUCGAUUUCAAGCGAUCGCCCAAGCUGGAGCACAAGGCGGUGAUGCGGGUCAAGAGCAUGCUGAGCGUAGAGUGUCCACAGCAGCAGCAGCAGCAACAGCAGCAGAUCACCUCAUGCCAGGCACAGUCGCCAACAAACAGAACCACAGCCAAGCCCCAGGCGAAGGGUGGAUUGACCGACCCCUCUGCAGUCGAUGCCGCAAGGUCGGAGGGUACAGACCUGGGGGACACGGAACCCCUCGCUCCGGAGGCGGCUCACGGUGAGGCCUCCUGCUCUGCCGGAGUGGAGGGAGCGGACGACACUUCACACGGUGACGGCUCGGGUUGGAUCGGUCGUACCGGAGAACGUGGUGUUGCCGUGCCACGCGCGGACGUGUCGUCAUCACAAGGCCUGGAUGGCGAACGUCCGGACUCUGUGACGUGGACUGAUUCUGUUAUUCAUAUCCACCGUGAAAGCGAACUUCGCAAUCUAUCCGGCGCUGCGGACCUGACCGACCGCGUGGGGUCGGACAUCCGUGCCGACGCCGGGAAUCCGACGGUGCCCGUCCCGCCUUCCGGAGGACGCGACGACGGUGCGCCCACCGCUGUCGUCGGCGGCGACCCGGCCUGCCGGUGCGCGGAGGAGGCGGCCGCGGGCUACGACCCGCCCUCGAGACCCGGCCAAGCGCGCUCCGUCGUGAACGGCGAUGGCGAGGGGGGUCCCCGGGGCGGGCGGCCCGGGUCGUACGACCUGCAGGUGGUGCAGAUCUCGAGGCGGGAGUCGGAGACAUUCGGCCUGGACCUGGAGAUAAAGCCGGCACCCAUGCGCGUCUACAUCAAGGAGCUCAAGCGCGGCGGAGUGGCCGAGCGGGAGGUGGGCGGCCGCCUGUGCUGCGGCGACGAGGUGCUGUGCGUGAACGGCGUGACGCUGUCGCUGCUGGAGCCCGACGAGGCCUGCCGCCUCUUCUGCAGCUUGCCGCUGUCCUUGCGCAUGGUGCUGCGGCGAGACGCCACGCGCGCACUCCCAGCAGCAGAGAAAGGCACCAUGAGCUCCGGCGCCAUGCCAGCAGACCCCCCGAUGGGGGAGGGGGGCCCGGCGGGCCAGGCUGGCGAGGCCCGGCAACGGCGCUGCGACCCCGACCCCGACUCCGACCCCCUCGUCAGCGAAACGAAACGGGAAGCGGCAGGGGAAGCGGAGCUCCCACUACGAGCGCUGCUCGCGGAACCGCAACAGAAGCAGCAGCAGGAGGAGGAAGGGGAGCAGCAAGAGGGGGAGGGGGAGCAGCAAGAGAAGCAGCAAGAGGAGGAGGUACCGCCUCCUCAAGGCAAAGGCGGAGACGACGACUACAGCUACGACAACAACAACGAUGACCACAGCGACAUCCCCGUGUCAUACAUCGACGACGUGCUCGACCAGAUCUCGUUCGAGGAUAGGGGUUGCAGCGAUGGCGGCGGCGGUAACGGCGCGGGAGAGGGAAGCGCGGUGCCACUGGCCAGCGGAGUCGGAAUAGUCGGCACGGAAGCGAUAGAAGGAACGAGCGGCAGCAGCGACGAGGAAGCGAGAGAGCGGAGUGCGACGGAACCGCGCCCCGCUUCCCUCCCCGCGCUAGAAAGUUACGACCGCGAGGGAGACCGGCGCGGGACAGAGCGGGAGGCGCGGGACCGGCGCACGGACGGUUUCUCGGAGAGGGACGAUCCCGCGAAGCGAGCGGCGCCAGCCGACUGCGACGACGACGACACCCGCGCCGAGCAGGAGGAUCUCGCCGAUCGAGCGACGCCCGGCGAGGCGCUCACCGGAGGAGGAGGCGACAGGACGCGCGGCGGCGAUCCGUGCUCGGAGGCGUUCGUCGUGGCCGAGCGAGCGCCCUUGGCCUCGGAUCCUCGGAGCGAGGCCGCGGAUGUUGGGGCCGAUGAAGACGCCGCUCGCGUCAAGGUGCUUGGUGGACACGUGCGUGACGCGGACUCGGCUCCUGGCGUAGAGAAUGAAGUCUCGUCCCUUCCACGGGCAGACCGUUGCAAGGGAGAUGGGCUUGUUGAGCCUCGACUGCAAGCUGUGACUGGCGGAGCGGUGGACGGUGGUGAGGGGAGGAGUGAAAAUCCGAGGCAGAUGGAGGACGACGUUUUUGUGCAAGGAGAGGUCAGAGACGUUAAAAUGAGACCCCACUCACCUCCAGCGCCGAGCUUGGACUACAGUGACCCCAGGGCAGAAGCCUUAGGGAUGAAUAAUCGGGAACAUCCAGAGCUUCCGCAGGAGAGGUCAGUACUUCAGGGACUGCCCUGCACGGCGGUUCACCACACCUUCUGCGAUGGUCAGAGUUCUGCCAACGUGGCCAAGUCCGACCGUCCUCCCAAAACGCUCCCGAAACCCAAGAUCCCGCUCGCACAACUCCUGCAACGUGCCGAUAGCCAAAACUCCUGCCUCGACGAGCCGCCAGGAAGCGCCGCCUGCUCUGUGACCACGAGAGCAGACCCCGAGCCCGAUAAACGCACCUCUCACUCGGCGGCCAGGGUGUCGUUUGUGACUCUCUCUGGUCCUGAACAACCGCUGGACAAGGACAGGGCAAUUGAAGUGACAAACAUUGCGACGGCGGAGGACCAGCCAGAGGCAGUGGUGUGCAGGCCCGUGAAGCCCAUGACGCCCGGCCAGAUCCUGUCGAGGAGGCACUCGAAGGAGUGGGUGGCGACAAAACCAGCGGCGGAUUCCUUCCGCGCCUUCAGCACCGCCAGCGUGGGCGACGAGAAGUCCAAGCAGAGAUCGGCGGCAGUGGGGAGAGCCCAGAGCUUCCAGCCCAAAUCGCCGCUGGUCGCGAGCCGAUCCUUUCCUAGCGGAGCUUCUACGGAGGGCAAGAGAGCGAGUGGUGGCGGCAGUGGCAGCACCACGCCCGCCAAGUUCUUGAAGGUGAAAGCGACGCCGGUGAUGCUGGACGACGCAGAAGACGUUCCCAAGGGAACGGGCGAGUGGGCCUCUCCGCCGAGUUCCAGAAGCGACGCAACAAAUGCUGAAGGCACCGAGAAGAUCGUUAUCCUCCCGUGCACUGCGACAACGACGCAGGGGCAACGGACUGCAAGCCCCAUGGCCGGUGACGUUGAGAGGAGCGCGCUGUCCGAUAGUCAGCCACGGAAAGUAAAAUGGUCUGACACAGAAAAAGACAAAUCGAGGGUGGCGGACUCGAUUGAGAAUUCCAAGCCGACCGGCUUGUCUGUCCGCCAGAAGAUCUGCUCCUUCGAAAGCCUCUUCGGCAUCCAGGACACACCCCUGUCCGGGCUGAAACCGGGGGACAGGAGGUCUGUGGUCGGGUACGUCCCCGUCGGUCACUCGGACGAGGACAAGCCAACAGCUUUGCUGAGGAAGGACGUCGCGUUUCACGGCGGGAAGAGGGAAAACCUACUGCAGCUCUCCAAGUCAACAUCGUUGGACGUUCAUUCUUAUCAGAUGACGGGCAAAAGCAAGGAUGCGGCAAAGGCCAAGAGGAUCUUCCACGAGAGGACCUCAUCCGCGGAUGGACACACGUUUACCGACAGGGGUCAGACGGCGAGCGCAGAGAGUUACCUGUCCGUCGACACGAGUCCUCCUCCGGCCGCCGGAGCCGAGCACCAUCCCGGGCCAAGCUCAAACUCCGUCUCCCGCUCGAGGACGUCUGGCCACCUCAUGAAGCGGCCGAGCGACGAUGCUUCGCCCGCUGGGAACUCCGCCUCGUCGAAAAGCGACGGCCUGGAAAUCUCGUCGAGCUCGCCAGCGGUGCCGCGAUCGCCAGCGGCCCGGUCCGCUCAUUGGCGGUUAGAGGUUUUGCGGGACGAGGCUGCGCCAGCUCCUCCUCCAAACGCCGCUGCCGCCACAGCCACCGCUGCCACGGCCGCCACAGCUGCCGCUGCCGCCGCCGCCACAACCACCGCGAGCAGCAGCUCCCCCGAGUCGGCGUCCGACGAGGACAGCAUUUCAGCAGCGGACAGCGACAACUGCCAGCUGGAUCGCAGCUUCUCCAUCAGCCUGGCGGAGCUGAACGAGUCGGCCUCGUCGGCGCUGUGGGACGAGGGCGGGCACGAGCGCUCGCUGUCGAGCAGCUCCACGCUCUCCGUGGCUUCCGUCGCGUCACUGCUUCCGUCAGCCGAGAUCGAGCGACUCGUGGAGGAGUCGCGCUCCCUCGGGGACGAGGGCCUGGAGGACGUGCGCGUGGUCGUGCUGCACAAGGACGAGGGCGUGGGCCUAGGCUUCAGCGUCGCCGGAGGCUGCGACCAGGAGAACGCUGUCGUCACGAUUCACCGCGUCUUCUCGCGCGGCGUGGCGGCCCAGGAGGGAACGAUCCACCUGGGCGAUCGCCUCCUCUCCAUCAACGGCCGCUCCCUCAAGGGCGCCAGCCACGACGAGGCACUCUACGCCGUGCGCCAGGCUCGUGUGCCGCGCCAGGCCGUCGUGGUCGUGCAGAAGAGCGGCCCUGGCGGUGGUGGCGGUGCGGCGGCCGUGGGACGGCACGCGGACCCGCGGGGCGACGGAGCUUCGGGCAGCGCUCGAGGCGUGGCGCCGGUGGUGUCCGUGGCUGGCGAGGCCAACGCCGGCGAUGCCGGAGACGAUGGCAAGGAAAAGGGCCGGGAUGGUGGCGAUGGUGCGUCCCGACAAAGCGACUCUUUUUCAAACCGAAACGCUUUUGGUUCUUAUCGUGUAGGAACACACAUUGUCGCUGUGUCCCGGGCUGUCCCACGCGGGUGUCCAGUUGCAUUCAUGAGAAACAAAAUACUUGAAAGCAAUGGCCAAGAGCAUCGUCUGGCACGCGCUCGAUUCGAUCGCAUCGCCGAUUGCUCCGAUUUGUGUUGGUUUUUGCGUCUCAUCGGAAUCCGGUUGCCAGGGGAGACGGUGACCAUGGAGCUCGUGAAGACAGGCGCGGGCCUAGGCUUCAGCCUCGAGGGUGGCCGCGGAUCCAUCCACGGGGACCGGGAACUCACCGUGAGACGGGUGUUCGCCGCGGGCGGCGCGAGCGGCGUCCACGCCGGCGACGUCCUCCUCUCCAUCGGGGACCGCGACGUCCGCGGCCUCUCGCGCUUCGACGCGUGGAACCUCAUCAAGGCCCUGCCCGAGGGCGCGACGGCCGUCACGCUACGCCGGGCCGGCGAGGGCGGCGAUGACGACGGCGGCGGCGGCACGAGGAGCACCUCUUGAGAAAUAGAAGAUGUCUUAUUGUAAUAAUAAUAAUAAUGCAAUAAGGAGAAUGGGCGAUUUUAACUCGUGACGCGCCGCACAGCAUUCGCUCACUCUAAAAGUGAGAGAGGGUGAGAGGGGGGCGCGAGCAGGAACCGCAGACAGAUAAGGAGGCAGCAGGCAGGUGGUAAGCCUGCGCCAGCAAUUGCCCAAGCUCUGCGCUCCUCUAAUAUAUUCAGAUGUCUUCAGCCAGUUGAGUUUUUUUUUUUUACACGAGGGGGCCAACGCUCUCUCCCGUACGGAAGGGACGGAUGUUUGUUUAGUCCACAUUUUCAUCCAGCAGUAUAUCGAUAGAGGGUUGUACAUUAUUUUAACGUGCUUUUAAGUAGCUGAAACAGCUGCCCUCCUCCUCCUCCUCCUCAGCACUUCUUUGUGCUAAAGCAUCGCCAAUAAUGUGGAUCUAACAACGGACAUGCGCACAACCGAGUGUACUGACGAGUGUGCAGGCGGUGUGACUGAACUGCUCCCCACCAAUCGCACAUUUCCCCAUGCCCCCCCCCCCCCAUUUCAUUGCUCACACCAGGGUCCAUGCCGAUCACGGUGCUAGGGCACUGGAUGGAGAGGCUCGCAGGAAACGCAUUGCAUACAGCGGUGUACGGAUUGUCAAAAAAGUAAAGGCGGGAUUCUUGCACAUGCGUGAUUCGAUGCGUGUGCCGCGAGCCUAAAGGAUUUCACAUUCGUCGCCGGAAUCGUUGCACCUUUUACGUAACGUUCACCAGAGUUUGAGCCCUUCUCCUCUGCGCGUAGUCACCGUAAAGUCGAAAGGUCUUGCCACGCUGCACACGGCCUCUUGGCAAAUGAAGUCACUCGUAAUCCCCCGGGGGACAAACAACAAGAGCUCAACUCAUUCGUCAAUAACGCUGCCUGCGAACGGAAAAUAAUAUAUUCAGGCAAAUGCCCUUCUUCGACGAAUGCGUUAAAGUUUUUUGUUGUUGUUUGUGCUCUUGUGCACAAUUGCCAACGCAGCAUCACAAAUAAAUGGGAAUGCAUUGGAGCUGUGUUGCUGCUUCUCCCCCCCGCCGCCGUGUCGCGCACAAUGAACGCAUGAACGCACGUGCUCACUAUCCUACGAGUUGGACGGGCGCUCAAUCAAAACGGGAGUCAUGCUUUAAAUAAACAAAAAAGUUUUACGAUUUGACGGACAUAUUCUUUUUUAUCACCGUAACUCAGGGUUCAGGAUUCUUAUUUUCGUUUUUUUCUUUGUGGCGAUUCGUAUAUUACUGUGUACGUAUAAAAUAUCUUUAAGUUACUUCGCACAACGUCGCAUAGCCCGCUUGUACGCACACACACAUACCUACGAAGAUUGAAUGGUUCUUAAACAGGGGGCAGCACGAGCCGGGAGAGUUAAUAAGAGUGGCGUGAAAUUGAACCCUCCAACCCUGCAAUUACUGGCACCGAUGGUUGGCGCAACAAGGGAAAUGCGUCAAUGCAACAUGGGUGGCGGCAAUGCACUGCGCCCCAUUUGCGUGACGUUGGGUGGCUUUGGUUUUAUAGUUUUAACCGGGGCUUCAUUUCAACUGGAGCUGUAUGUGGCUGAACUCCAGAAAAUAUCCCCCCCCCCACCAAAGGAGAAGUGGGGGGCAGGGGAGGGGGGAUUGGGCAAUGUCCAGCAAAUAUUUAAUGAGAAAUUAAGCCCUGGUUUUAGCUCUCCGAUAUGUUUUCGGGUUUGUACGGCGGGUGGUGUCCAGCACGGUGUCCGAUGUUUCGUUCCGCAUGUCCGGGAACUUUUUCAGGAACUGAAUUGAGCCGCUCACUCUCCCUGGACUAUGUGGCGUCGUCUUGGUUGUGGGUUGAGACUUGAGAGCUGUCGAUGCCUUGACCUUAUGGCAAGCGCGGUUUCAAGCGUUGGACUUUGUGGAGGGCAUUUGUUGUCAUUUUUUUCUUCCACCUUCAGGCUGCUAGCGUCUCGGAUGUGGACUGAUGGUAAAAAAAUGGUGAAAUAAUAAUAGCGGGAAUUGUUUUAUUUAAUAUAUUUGAUUAAACUCAGCGAUUGAAACGGCAGUGGCCGUUGGCUUAAAAAGUGUGUAUUGUAACUUAGGCUUGUGAUCCUGAGCAGAAUUAGCUCAUGGGAGGAAAUAAAAACAAUCCUCUAUGGUGCUUUCUGCAACUGGUCACCUUGUCAGCCGUGGUCGAUCCACUGCUGGAUGAAGGCCCUCCCCUAAGCUGCCGCCGUCUCCCACGAUCCUGCAGUGUAACGAUCAACCUGGCACCUGCACACGAACCCAUUUAAUUGCUCCACCUUCUUCGUGGAUAUCUCAGAUUUCAAGGCAAUAGACAUCUCACAUGAGCCGAUCGAAUCGCUCCAUCUCGGUGGACGUCCUCCCAUUUCAAGCCAAGAGAUGCACAAACAGCCUCCACACUGCCGUGCUGCGUUUAACCGAAGGUGAUGUGUGACAUCUACAAGUAUGGGGGCUGGCGUUAUAGCCGCGUGAUUUUUCAUACUCUACACAAUGACAACAAACCUUGAGGCUGUUUUUAUUGGUUAACAGAUGUUUAUUCUGCUCAACAAACAGCCAAGUAUUCUCCAUUUAAAAAAGCCAUUGUCUGCUGCCUUAAAAAAAGUGUUUAAUUGCACACUAUCGUGUGACCUUUCUCAUCACCAUUCAAUCCUUGACCGAAUGUACGCGGAAUAUUGUCGCUCCAGCUUAGGAAAAUAUUUCCACUAUGAACCAAACUACCAUUAAGCUGGUGUGAAACGUGCACUCAAUUGUAUAUAUGGAGGUGUCAUUGUGUUAACGUUAUAUUUUAAUUACAAAGAAACACAAACGCAAACUGCCGGAUGUAAAAGAAAAAAAAACGAGAGUUUUGGUUACCAAAAAAAUAAUAAAAAAAUAAAGAUUUUAUAUUG